AUGGACCUCAAUCCUUCCGAGAUACGGCGAAACAAUUGUCCACAUCAUCACUUGGUAGAAGUGGAUCCGACGGACUGGAAGGGCGUCAUCCUCGCACGUCGCGAAACCAACAUGAUUCUGGCAAUGCAAAAGAUCAUGAAAAAGCCGAAAUGGUUUCGCAAGAUUUUCGACGAUAAAAUCUGCGACAAAUGGAUGUCUGAGAUUAUGAGUCAGGUUGACUUCAGUGAGCCGAUGUGGAAGUACUGUGUUGCUGAGCUUCGCGACAAGGCCAAAACAUUGGAAGAGACUGGACUUGUCACACCAAUCGAUGUUGAUACUCAGGUUGUUUACUCGGAUGUUGCGAUCUCGAAGAAAAUCAGGCGUGAUCUUAACAAGGCGGUUGCGGCAUUGGAAAACGUACCCGACAAGGACAAAGAUUGGCAUCCCGGAACACGCGAAAGAGUCCUCGAUCUUGUUCACCCGUCCAUGUUUCCUUUGAUCUAUGGUCGCUCGAGAGUUUUGAAGAAUGGUGAUGUUGGCCUUGAAGACUGUACUUCUUACUGCGGUCAAGGUGAGAUCAUCCAAAAGCCUGAGCUUCCCAUCAGCGGUGGCUGGUCAGACCAAUUUCAGUGGCUUCCAUGUGACAUCAAGUUCGAAGGCGAGGAAGAUGUUAAGAUCACUAGCUACAUUAACAACCUGCAUCCUCAAGAACAUCCUGAUAUCUACGGCCUGGUCGAGAAGGUCAUCGCGAAAGCGGUACCUCUAUGGGAUCAGGUCCUCAGUCAUACUGGUGGUGGGCCGGAAAACAUGCGUGUCCUGGUAUUGCCUGAACCAAAACCGUACAAACCCCGCGAGAUACCAGAAGAGCCUCCUCUAGAUCUUCGCAAGGAGUACGCCGGUAGUGGACUACAGGUUAUCGUCAAACUGGCCAAUACCUAUUUGACUCCUGAUGACCCAGAAUGGGACGGAGGUAGCUGGCACGUCGAAGGUCUGCACAAUGAGCAAAUUGUCGCGACAGCAAUCUACUACUACUCGAACACCAACAUCACACCAUCCCAACUAAAGUUCCGUCACAACGGUAGCGACGAGUCGUGGUUCGACAUGGAGUACGAACAGUUCGACUACGCCCACCUCGAAACGAUCACUGGCUUUCAAAACGAGUUUGAUCCGCUCAUCCAGAACCUGGGAAGUGUCAUGUGUGACCAAGGUCGUCUACUCGCUUUUCCAAAUGUCCUGCAACAUAACGUCGGUUCGUUCAAACUCGAAGAUGAGACGAAGCCAGGCGAGCGGAAAAUCUUGGCUCUUUUCCUCGUGAAUCCUCAUGUCAGAGUCUUGUCGACCGCAAAAGUGCCACCGCAACGGAAAGAUUGGUGGGAGAAAGAGAUUCGAGAGCAGCGAGGGGAGAUCGAGAAGCUCAAGACUUUGCCGAACGAGCUGAUGGAUAAAGUGUUUGACAAUGUUGAAGAUUUCCCCAUUGGUAUGGCUGACGCAAAGCAGAUCAGGGAAACGUUGAUGGAGGAGAGAGGACCGAUUGGCCAGGGCAUGAUUGAGUGUGAAGCAACAUUUUACUUUUGCGAACAUUGA